UCUCAUCUUACUUUUGUAAGAUCUCUGGUCUAUACCUGUUCGUCAAGAGAUCGAUCACAGCCGGUUGCUGUGACUACACUUGAUCAGAAUGACGACUAUGGAUUUGCGUGUCGGUAACAAAUACCGCAUUGGCCGCAAGAUCGGCAGCGGUAGUUUCGGUGAUAUCUACCUUGGCACCAACAUUAUUUCCGGCGAGGAGAUCGCUAUCAAGCUCGAAAGUGUCAAGGCCAAGCACCCCCAGCUCGAAUACGAGGCCCGUGUCUACAAGUCUCUGGCCGGUGGUGUCGGUAUUCCUUUCGUGCGUUGGUUCGGUACCGAGUGUGACUACAAUGCUAUGGUCAUCGACCUGCUCGGUCCCAGUCUAGAGGACCUUUUCAACUUCUGCAACCGCAAGUUCUCGCUGAAGACGGUGCUCCUUCUCGCCGACCAGCUCAUCUCUCGUAUCGAGUACAUCCACGCCAAGUCUUUCAUCCACCGUGAUAUCAAGCCCGACAACUUUCUCAUGGGUAUCGGCAAGCGUGGUAACCAGGUCAACGUGAUCGAUUUUGGUCUGGCCAAGAAGUACCGCGACCCGAAGACUCACUUCCACAUUCCCUACCGCGAGAACAAGAACCUCACCGGAACUGCUCGUUACGCCAGUAUCAACACUCACUUGGGUGUCGAGCAGUCCCGCCGUGAUGACAUGGAGUCUCUCGGCUAUGUCAUGCUUUACUUCUGCCGUGGUACUCUGCCCUGGCAGGGCCUGAAGGCUGCUACCAAGAAGCAGAAGUACGACCGUAUCAUGGAGAAGAAGAUGACUACCCCUACCGAGGUUCUGUGCCGUGGUUUCCCCAACGAGUUCUCCAUCUACCUCAACUACACUCGUUCCCUGCGUUUCGAUGACAAACCGGAUUACUCAUACCUCCGCAAGAUCUUCCGCGACCUUUUCGUUCGCGAGUCCUUCCAGUAUGACUACGUCUUCGAUUGGACCGUCUACAAGUAUCAGAAGAAUGCCGCCAUGAUCGUGGACGCCAACAAGAAGGACAAGGAGGCCGAGGAGCAGCAGCGCCGCCAGGGUGUUGCUGCUGCUGCACCCAUGGGUACUCCGGGUGCUGCCGCCGCCAAGCCUGGUGCUAUCUCUAGCCAGCGCCGCAAGGUCAUCGAACGUGGAACUCUUGACAACACCCCGGACACCAACCGUGCUGUCGGAGGGAGUGACAGGAUGUGAGUAUCUGAAACCUAGGUUCCGUUUCUUCGGCGUUAGGCUGCGUUCUGCUUCAAGGGUUGCUGCUUCAGGUGCUUU